UUUUAAGCAUGACUUCCGGGGGGCAGUAAAGGGGUAUGGUGAGAGCAGGAGCAGUUCUGUGGGCUGAGAAACUGCGUGACAAAAUACAUGCAUGAAUCGGGAGCGAAUCAUUUAGAUAUUUCAGUUAUAUGUUCUCGAUAUCAUCCCACUUCCAUCAUCCGCAGACGGUGUUGUCUUUGUCACAGUCAAUUGAUCCGCUUUAAAUGCACGGUUUGUUUUGUGAAUGAACUGAACUGAACUGAAUUGAACUGUCACGAGGUGUCAGACUUCUGUGCACUGUUGUCCUGCCAUGUUUUCCUGCCAAAAGAGGCGAUAUUUAUGUUAAAGAAGGAGUUGUCAAUCUUCUCUGACCCAGGGAGCCACUACCAGACAUCCAGAGGCCCUGUGCCCCUCAAAUUAGGGUCUCUCACAGAUGGGAAGAUGAACAAGCAGCCCAGUAAAGAGUCUCUGCGGGACCAUUUCAAGAGGAUCUUUGGCCUCGGUCAGACUCGCUCCCACAGCAAACAGACCGAGAGCAAAGCCUCAGAGUUCAUCAUCACGCUGGACAUCCUGAUGGAACUCACUCCAGAGUACAGCCUGAACCACCGGAUCAGAGUCAUCAACCAAGUGUGCGAGCUCGCCAAAUCCAAGAAGUUUGAGGAGCAUGCGGUGGAGGCCGUGUGGAAGGCCGUGGAGGACAUGAUGCAUCCUGAGCAGCCGGCUGAAGCCCGUCAUGCAGUGCUGCUGCUGCUGAGAGCCAUUAUACAGGGACAGGUGCACAUUUCGAACACCUUACCAACCACAACGCAUCAAUGCGGCGAACAGCACUCACGCUUUCCUCCUGAUCUUCUUGUGCAGGGUGAGCGCUUGGGUCCGCUCAGAGCGCACUUCUUUAAGAUCGUUUUGGACUAUCAGCCCUGUAAUGAAGAUCUGGCCGAGAGACUGGAGGUGUUCAAGGCCCUCACGGAGAACGGGAAAGACGUCACCCACCUAGAGGAGGAGAUCGCUGGGUUCGUCUUGCUGUGGAUGGACAUCGGUCUGUCAGCAGACUUCCUGCAUGUCCUCGUGAACUUGGUCAAAUUCAACUCCUGCUACCUGGAUGAGAACAUCUCCCUCAUGGUCCAGAAAAUCUGCCUUCUGUGUAACCGGACGACUUCCUCCACUGAUAUUGAGGUUGCGCUGCAGGUGUUGGACGCGGUGGUGUGUUAUAACUGCCUGCCCUCGGACUCUCUGACGGUGUUCAUCAUCACUCUGUGCCGAACCGUUAACGUGAAGGAGUUCUGUGAGUCCUGCUGGAAGUUGAUGCGUAAAGUGUUGGGGACACACCUGGGUCACAGUGCCGUAUACACCAUGUGCCGGAUCAUGGAGGAGAGCGUGUACAGUGAGGACGCCGCUCUUCUCAGGGGUGCUGUGUUUUUUGUUGGGAUGGCGCUGUGGGGCGCUCACAGACUUCCUGACCUCAAAAUCACGCCCACUCUGGUCCUGCCCUCCUUCUACAAGGCCAUGAGCUGUGCUAAUGAGGUGGUGUCCUACGAGAUCGUGCUGUCGAUCUCACGACUCAUCAAGAAGUACGGCCGCGAGCUGCAGGUCGUGACGUGGGACGUCCUGCUGUCCAUCGUAGAGAGACUCCUGCAGCAGAUACAGACGAUGGGCAGCCCUGAUCUGAAGGUGAUAGUUUAUGAGUUACUGAGCACCGUGGAGGAGCUGUACGAGCAGAACGACUUCCUCGGAUCCUCACAGACGCUCUUCAGUCUGGUGGAGAAGUGUGCUGAUAAACGCCCCGAUGCGUCUGUGCUGACGCUGAUCUCCUACCGAGCUCAGUCCAUCCAGCCGGCCAAAGACGGAUGGCUGCAGAACCUGCUCAAACUCAUGGAGAAGUUCUUCAGGAACGAGAGCCGGACUGUGAUCAGGAUCAAGGUCCUGGACAUCCUGUCUUUCGUGCUCAGCACAAACCGCCAGCUCUAUGAGGAGGAGCUGAUCGAGGUGGUGGUGAUUCCUCAGCUGGGUCAGAUCGCUGAAGAUCGAGAUCUGUCCGUCAGGAAACAGGCCACGCAGCUGCUGGUGGAUCUGGCCGAGGGCUGCAGCACGCAUCACUUCAGCAGUCUGCUCGACAUCAUCGAGAAGGUCGCUAGUCGUCCGUUAACGUGUUCUCUGGAGGGAGAGAGAGAGAUGUCAGUGGAGUCUCCCAUGGAGGACGUCCGCACCGCUGUACUGGGUCUGCUGGACAUCCUUCAGAGUAAACUGUACAGUCUGCCGGCCAGUCACGCCAGCCGCGUGUACGAGCUGCUGAUCUCUCAUCUGCAGCUUCACUACAAGAACAGAUACUUCAGUGCCAUCGGGAGCUCCAUACGCCUCCAGGUCUUUGAUUUCUUACUGAUGAUGAGGGCAGACUCUCUUCAUCAUCUGGGUGUCCCCAAUAAAGAUGGGGUCCUGAGGUUCAGCCCAUACUGUCACUGUGACGACGGAGAGUCGGAGAAAAGAGUGGCUGAGAAAAAGACGACAGGAAGUGUGUCUCCGCCGACAGGAAGUCCGACACCGGCGGCUCCGCCCUCCUCCAUACGCACGGCCUAUCUGCCCUACAGCCUGGCCUUCAGCGUGCUGCUACAGUGCCUGAAGAUGGAGACUGACUGGAAGGUGCUGAAGCUGGUUCUGGAUAAGAUGUCCAUCACCAUCCAGUACAAAGUCUUGAUCCUGACGUCACCCUGCAAAAUUGAUCAUCUAUGCUCGACCCUCUGCUCAACGGUGAGCGACCGUCUGAUAUCGGAGCGACUGAAGAAGACUCCUGAUGGAUUCUCCCUCACUGAUGUUCAGCUCGCUGUGGUUCCUGUUCUCACCGCCCUCACCUCGUACCACAGCCACCUGGAGCAGUCCCGACAGAGGGAGCUGGUGCAGUGUUUGGAGAAGGGGCUGAUCUAUCGCUGUGCUAAGCAGUGUGUGGUGGCUCUGACCAUGUGCACCGUAGAGAUGCCCGACAUCAUGAUCAAGCUCCUGCCUGCCCUCAUCGUCAAGCUCACGCACAUCUCAGCCACCGUGGCCAUGGCCUCGCCCAUGCUGGAGUUCCUGUCCACAUUAGUGCGGCUCCCACAUCUGUAUGCUAACUUCGUAGCUGAGCAGUAUGUUAGCGUGUUUGCUAUAUCAUUGCCAUACACCAACCCCUCAAAGUUUAAUCAGUACAUAGUGUCUCUCGCCCAUCAUGUGAUCGCCAUGUGGUUCAUACGCUGCAGACUGCCCUUCAGGAAAGACUUCGUUCAGUACAUCACCAAGGGUCUCCGUUCAAACGCUCUUCUGCCGUUCGAUGACACUCACGAGCAGAGCAGCUUCAGAGCGCGCAGCACCAGCCUGAACGAGAGGCCCAAGAGUGGUGACUGUUUCUCACAUCCAAACCAUUAACAGUUCAUUGAUGAAAGACUGUUUCUUCAACUACGGCCACUUUAGGUCCCAGCGAUUGAUUUUUAUUCAGACUUACAGAUUUGGACUUUUUUGCUGUAUGAACGUCACAUUAAAACUUUGGAGAUUGGAGAUUUUUUAAAGAAAGACAUUUUAAAUUCCUUUUAUAGUUUUAUGUUCUUAAGUUUAAUAAAAAAAAAUUAUUGCAUGUUUCAAAAGACUGAUUGAAGAAGAUAUUGGUCAUUAGUCGAUAUUAUAAUAUUUAUUUUGUGAAAGCAGUAUAUUUAUAAAUAUAUUUUUAUAUAUUUUAAAACACUUUUUUUGUGCAUUUUUGAUAAAACUGUAAUAUUGACAGUCUGAACAUGUUAAGUAUGCGUAAAAUGCUCACUAUGUUUUUUUUGGUAAUUUUAUUAAAAAAAAUAAAUAAAAUGAAACAUCUAAUUUCCUCCACAGAAUUAUGAUGAAUUAUGAUUUGAGAUGUGAUGGGAAUGACGCUGUGGUGUAAAUGUUCGUGAGGGUUCAUGAAAGCAGUGUGUUUAUCAGUAGUUAAACCUUAUAGUUAUUAGUGUUUAAAGUUUAAAAUAUUCCCAUAGUUGAAGAAACACCUGAAUACAAACAGUACACACAUCUCUAAAACUUGGCUUGAUAUGUAAUAAUGAGUCAGUGUCCCAUCCUGUAAUAGUCCAAAUAACUAGUAAUAUAAUGUCUAAGAAAGGGACCAUAGUCCUGCCUACUAACAUCUGGAUUUGAUUUAUUUCCUGUUCCCUAUUAUUUCCCAUUUAUUUCUUAUUAUAAGCCCUUUUUUCUACUUCAUUCAUUCUCUGGUUCCACUUUUCUGCAUUUGACUUUAUGUACUAGGCGUGAAAACAGCCACUAUCCCAUAAUCCAGGAAAUUUCCAUGGUAACUUCUUACUGAACCAUUUUAACCAGCACACCUGGUGCAGCACAGAAUGCAUUGCAAUUAUAGCAACACCAUGGAUGUUUUUCCAGGCAUAUCACUAAUACAGUCCAUUAUCAGCUAUGUCCAGAGGCACAAAGCCAUCUAAUCUGAUUGUCCUGAUUCUGUAUUCAGCUUUAGUUUCUGUGGCUUGUCCUGUCAUCCAGACUGAAGCUUUAGAUGAAAAAAAGCCUGAAAAAGAGAAAGAUCCGCCAUUUACAUGCACAACAAUAUUCAGACAUUUAUGAAAAUGUAGUGAUACAAAUCAACUUUAGACUCUCUGUUUAAAUGAAUUAAUUAACUGAAUACUGACGUACUGGUUCACAGGUUGAUAAGAAAGCUUAUAAUUGCAUAAUGUUAUAUAAAAUAUCUUUUUUAAAUAAAACAAUAUUUUAUUAGUUUACCUGUAUGCCAUGCAACCAUUUAACCAACAUCAGAAGAGUGAAAAUGCUAAUGUGUUUUGUUAAAUUAUUAAUCAUAAAAUAAUAUUUUAGGUCAGAGGCUGGCAAGGUAAUGCUAAUUUCAGGAUCAAGUCUUCACCAGAAAACCAAUAUUAAUCUGAUGUGUAUAUAAACAUGGUUCAUAUUUAGAUUUUCUUGUUUUCCACGCUUUAUAUUCUCUGUUCCAGUUUCUAGUUUCACCUCAUCCAGUCAUUCAUGUUUAAUUUUGCUGUAUUAAAUCACCCAUAUUCACAUGAUCAUAUCACUCAUUUCCUAUUGCUAUUCACUUCCAGUAUAAUGAUCAUAGCAGUGUCUGAAUGCUUUUUUUCUUCCCUGAACCAGUUUGUUUGUGAUCUCUGAUGAGUUUUUCAUUUAUUUUCUCCUCUUUCAUUCCUUUGGUAGAAUGCUGACAGUAUAUUGCUUACUUUAUGCCUUGUUGUGUCUCUUUUGAUCUUUUUUAUGCUGUUUCUCCUUCCAGUUUCUGUUUCCUCCUUUAUCUUUUGUUUUUAAGUGUCAUCCCUGUUUUCUGGUUCUCGGUGUGCACUGCUGACCAAGUUACUUUGUUUUCCUUUCACAUCCUUAUUUGACCCCUCCCCCCUCCUCUGAUUGGGCCAUGCGUGGUGGGCGUGGUUUGGGGGGGUUGCCGACACCUGGGAUUGGUCGCUGGCCCCUUUCGUGACACUCCACAACCAAUCGCACUCCCCCAUCCACCCAUGCCAACAUGGUUAAAAUGCCCCAAAUUCUCCCCAACCCUCUCUGGUCACGACGUUAUGCUGACGCACACCUGACCUCGUUUGCCCUCGGGGCAGUUUGCGGAUGACCAAAGUGGCGAAGCAAGGCCCCAGCGCAAACUCUCCCGUUAGAGACCUGAAAGAUCUGUCGGCCAUGGACGCCUUCCGCUCCCGAAGCAUCAGUGUGUCCGAGCA